CAGGGAGAGAAGUUGAAUGGCUAGAGGGACCUAAUGGACAGUCUCCCCAACAGAUGGUAACAAAAAAAUAAUCCAGAUGGGGUGCAGGUGCUGUAAAAUGAUACAAAGCUAUCUCUUCGAUCCUGUUCCAGUGGCCUCCCCGGGCUACAUCAAUGAAGUCAGCAGCUGCAAGUUGGAUGAAGAAGACCCUGUGAAAUUAAAAAGCAAUCAGAGCAGCGAGAUCCUGGUGCAUAAAAAUGUCCUUGCAAGUGAGGGCUUCAAGAGGACGGAGGGUAGAGGCCAGAGAGCGGGUCCCCAAGAGCCCUGCUGGCCUCACCAAGAGCCGCUCCCACAGGAGGAUGCAGGAGGUGGACGCUGGGAGGAGAAGCCUGGCAGUGCGGUCAACGGCAUGGGCCCCACUGCAGCUCUGCAGCCCACCAGGAACCCCAGGUCCCACCAGAGGGACACGGGCUCCAGGGCCAGUCCUACAGACAGUGUGCACCCCACUCAACCCUUCCUUGAAGGAGGGGACACCAGGAAACAGGACUGUGUGCUGCCAGCCUUGGAAAAGACCCAAGUCGUCCAAAGUGGGGACUUUGAAGUUCCUUCUAAGGUGGAAAGUUUUGCCUUGGAAGUACAAGGUCAUGACCUCCAGAUACCAACCCCGGAUUACCCUCAGCUGUGGGGCACAGCCGUACACAAUGUGGGUCAUGAAGAAAAGGAUUAUCUUUUCAAGAACCCCAAGGAGGAUGAGCCUCUGGCGGGAAUUCUUCCCAGGGUGGGCGAGCACGGUUUGAAUGUGCCCUUCCCCAGGAGGAGAAGCUGGGACUCAUUAAAUGAGGCCGUGACCACAGAAGUUCUAAGCGUCUACUUUAAAGAGCAGGGUCCUGUCACACCUGUGGUCAAUUCCAGAAUUGAACAGGAGGAAACGGCUGGUUCUGAUGGAAACAGGGAUGGGGAGGUGGUGGACGAGGAUGCAGCAGUGGCAGAAGCCCUCGCGGCAUUGGAAGCUGCUACUGCAGGAGAAGACUUGGAUGAGGCAGAUUAGAGGAGGGAAAUGGUGCAGGCAAGAAAGCUAGUGUCAUGCUGAGCAAGUGGAGAUGCAUUUGCUCCUUGGAUGUG